UUCAGAGCUGUCUUUACAAACCUCGGUGCGAGUGGAAGAAAGGGUCCAACUUCUCUUGGUAGUUACUACAGUGGUCAGGAUCAUGACGGUAAAGUUGCAUUGGCCAGCGGUAUUCAACAAUGGACUGUGCCGUACACAGGUGACUACAGAAUAGAGGCGAUAGGAGCUGCAGGGGGAUACGAUACAGAGAGUAAUGGAGGUAUAUAUCGUGGAAGAGGUGCUAGAAUGAAAGGGACUUUUCGUUUAUCUGAAGGCGAAACAAUUCACAUCCUCGUUGGUCAAGAGGGUGGAAUUAACACAGUACAAUCUGCUGCUGGAGGCGGUGGAGGUACGUUUGUAGUGAGGGGAAGCAGCACGCCUUUGAUAGUAGCUGGUGGAGGUGGUGGCGUGGAUUAUUCGAACUCAAGAUAUACUGGAUGCGAUGCAUCAGCAGGCACAGCAGGGAGAACUGGACACAUGUCAUUGGCGGGAGGCAGUGGUGGCCAAGGAGCACAGACCGCCCAGAAUAGAAAUUUAGGUGAGAGUUGAUUUCAGCUUAAGAAUGUACUGUUCUCCAAUUAAGGACUUUAUUAGGUUAAUAGUAUUUUAUUAAUCCACAAUACACACUUAAGAUUUUACAAAUUAUUUCUAAGUGCAGAAAUAGGACAUUUUGCUUUGCUUUCGUGCGCUGCAACAAGACAGUUAACAAAUGAAACGCUGGCUCAACCAUCUGCUUUAAUCGAUUUGCUUUUCACUGGAUUUGUCGAGUAUUUUGAUGGACUUGUAUGGUUAUUAAGCCGCUACUUUGUCACUCUGAGCCAUUUUUGAUUCAAAUUCAACCAAACUUAGCAGAUGCAUCAAUGAACAAGAAAGGCGCAGGCUAGCUAGCUGAUAGAAAGUCAAAAUAUGAUUAUCCUAAUAUCAAAAACUCUUAUUCUUCCAAGGAAACCAUUCAAUGGACGUAUUCUCCACCAAUUCUAGCGGAUUUCCCUCGUUUAAAAUUUUUAAUUAGUGACAUGUUAUUAAAGUGACAAUAAUUAUAUGUCAAGUCCCAAGGAGACCCAAAGUUUUACAUUUAGAGAAAACUCUUUUUUUCUGGAAAAGGCUUUGAAGCGAGCCAGUCAAUCAUAUUCUCCCACUGAACUAGGCCUUAAGCCAAGAAUGAUGGUCCGCACUUCUCGUUUUUUAAACAACUGAGGAUCGGAAAGCAAAGAGCAUUAUUUUCUAAAACUUCAGUCUUAAUUCUUUGUUUCAGGUGGUGGCGGUGGUGGGUUCUACUCUGGUGGUAGAAGUUCAACCCAGUUCGGAGGUACAAUGGGAAAUGGCGGAGAGGGAGGCAAAGGAUUUCUUCAGGGAGGAGUGGGUGGGAGAGCCUGGCACAAUUAUGUUGUAGGGGGAUUUGGAGGAGGAGGUGGAUCUUAUGGAGCGGGCGGUGGCGGUGGUGGUGGCGGAGGCUACUCUGGGGGAGGUAGCGGGAGAGGUUUAGUGGAAGCCUGUGGAGGAGGGGGGGGAUCCUACAACGCUGGAAAGAAUCAGCAGAAUGAAUGUUGUUACAAUGCGGCUGGGCAUGGUCAAGUGACCAUAACAUUAAUAUAG